AUGGCCGGCCAAGGAGCCCUAUUAAAAACCCUCACUUUAACAAAUAACUGGUUAUUAUCAAACAUGUGUUGUAGGUUUAACAUGGUUUCCAUACAACCCCAGCUCGCCUCGAUAAGAACCCUGAAACUAGAAACGAAGCAGAAAUUAAAAGAUUUGAAAAUCCCCGAGAAACCAAAGAAGCCGCUAACGCCUUACCUGCAAUUCGUGACGGAGAAGAGGAAAGAUCUGGUCAAAGACAACCCGAAUCUCAAAGCUACCGAAGUAAUUAAAAAACUAUCAACCGAAUGGAAAAGCGUCAACGAAGCGCAGAAAGAUAAAUACAAGGAGAAGUAUUUGCGCGAAGUAGAGAAAUACGACAAUGCUAUACUCCAAUACAACUCCAAUUUAAGCCAAGAGCAAGUACGAGUCCUCGAAGAAGCCAAUGCGGAAAAGAAGAAACAGAAGCAGAAGAGAAAAACUACUAAACUUAACAAGGAAACUGGCAAACCCAAACGACCCCUCGGUCCUUAUCUAUUAUACCUCAAAGAACAAGGUAAAAUAAGGAACAUUUCCCACAACGAACUACUAGUAGCGUUGAAAGGAGAAUGGGGGCUGCUCUCCGAGACAGCCAAGAAAAAGUACAGGGACGAAUUCGAGAAGGAAAUGGUGAAAUACGAAGAGGAACUCCUCAAUUGGGAGAAGAAAAUGUUCCAGGAGGGCCACAAGAAUGUCAUUCGAGUGAAAACUUUAGAGUCCCUUGAGCAUCCUCCAUCGAGGAUUGCUAGCUCCAAGUCCUCCAAACAAUAG